AGAUAUUUUUCAAUUUCCUCAAGUCGAAAAUUUCUUUCGAUCCAUGUCAAUGCCAUCUACUCCUUUACGCCGGUAUGACAUGUCAGCUUCUUCGCCAGCCCUUCAGCAACUGUCUCGUGUGUAUUCUACACCUUACACCGAAUCCUGGAUAGAACAACAGUUGUCCUCUUCGCCGAGUCCCCUUCCGAAGAUUCUCCUCUAGCUGGCUGCGACCUGUCGCCGUCAACUCUUAAUGCUGAAGGAACGCCAUUUGAUCGACAUUUUAACUUAUCGCAAUCGUGGCACAGCUCCGAUCCAGAUAUGUCUCCCAUAGCUAGAAGGAUGUCUGAGGACAAUACCACUGCGUCUUCACAUGAAAGCGGACAGCCAUCUAAUCAGUCUUCUGGAGGAUCUGGUGUUCCAACUCCGUGGUCGCUGAUGGAGAAACUUCCUUCGUUACAUUCCUUCGGCCAUCCUACCUUUUCUCUAGGUUUCACUUCGAGUCCAGUCAUGCAUGUUAGCGAACGGUCUUGGUCUCCGGUGUCUUCUCUCUCUGCGCUCACCCCUCUCUCGUCUCCUGAGCGCCCCCUUAGCAAUAAUAUUUCUGGUGGUUUGUCUUGCGCUUCUUCACUAUGCUUGCCCAUUUUUGGACAGAACUCGACUACUGUGCCACAUUCAAAAGGCAACCACGGGUUAUAUUCUACUUCUCGACGCUCGCUUCGUACUACUAGUCGUGCGGUUCUCAUGCGGAGUCCCAAGCACCCUCUUUCGGACGAUCAUGAUGAGAAACAGCCUUCAUACCAGACAAAACGCGCACGUACCUCUGGCGGCCCCACUGCUGUAGACCUUACCUCUCAGACUCGGGAGCUCGAUUAUCACGGUAUACCGUCACAGCGUCGCCUUCCCUCAGAGGUUUCUCGUCACCCCGAAUUCCCUUUAUUCUAUCGGCGUUAUCCUAUAAGCUCGUUUCUGCAACUUGAUGCUGAAGAGUAAGUUAUUUCUUGCUUGCUACCUGGCGCUCACCAUGUGCAGAGCUUCGCUUUUCAAUCACUCGGAACACCCUGGCGGUAUCUGUAACCCUCCACGGGAUCCACGAGAUCUGUAUACUCCGCGCUUCGUCAAAGGUAAAGGUAGGUCCA